AUGCCAGGGUUCCCAUCAGACAUAGAUUUAUGCAUGAUCCAGGUGAAGAAUAUGAGUGAAGUUACCAUGCUUAUAUUGACAGGCUUCACAGGUGAUUUUGAUGUGCAAGUCUUCCUGUUUUUGCUAUUUCUAGCAAUCUAUCUUUUCACUCUCACAGGAAAUCUGGGAUUGAUUAUAUUGGUCAUUAGGGAUUCCCAGCUGCACAACCCUGUGUACUAUUUUCUGAGUGUGUUAUCAUUCUUGGAUGCCUGUUAUUCUUCAGUUGUCACCCCAAAAAUGUUGAUCACUUUCCUGUCAGAGAAUAACACUAUUUCAUUCCUUGGAUGUGCAGCACAGAUGUUUUUUGAUGUUACUUUUGGGACCACUGAAUGUUUUCUCUUGGCAGCAAUGGCAUAUGAUCGCUAUGUAGCAAUCUACAACCCUCUGUGGUAUUCAGUUAGCAUGUCACCCAGGGUCUAUGUGCCAUGCAUCACUGCUUCCUAUCUUUAUGGCAUUUUGAAUGCUUCAGUGCACACAGGGGCCUCAUUUAGCCUAACCUUCUGUGCAUCCAACGAAAUUAGAUAUUUCUUUUGUGACAUCCCUCCAGUCCUCGCUAUUUCUUGUUCUGACACUCACACAAACCAGCUUCUAACCUCCUACUUUACGAGCAUUAUUGAGAUAGUCACUAUCAUGAUUGCCCUGGUUUCCUAUGGUUCCAUUCUCUUGGCCAUUCUGAGGAUGCAUUCUGCUGAAGGGAGACAAAAAAUCUUUUCUACAUGUGGCUCUCACAUAGUUGGAGUGUCCAUUUACUAUGGAACAGUCUUCUGCAUAUAUGUGAGAAUAAGUUCCAGUUACUCUUUGGACCAGGACAUGAUAGUGUCUGUGUUUUACACCAUUGCCAUUCCCAUGCUGAAUCCCAUCAUCUACAGUUUAAGAAACAAAGAUGUAAAAGAGGCAAUGAAAAGGGCUUUUGGGAAAAAUUGGUUUCUCAAUAAAGUAUACUCUUCACAUUAA